CCCUCUAGUAAGUAGUAAGGUUGUUCCGGUCUUCCCGCUCCAAGUGAUAGGCCAGCGGGACUGAAAAUCGAGCUUUCGCGCCAACAUCUACUCCUCCUUUCACACUGAAUUGAAUCCCUCGUAGCUCCUCUCUUUCUCCCUGUGUAUGUAGCAAAUCGACGCUCUUUGCUUUGGGCAAUGAAACGUCAGGCAUCUAUUCUAUCGUUUCUGAAGAAACCCUCGCCGGAGAAUCAGCGAUCCGGCGGAGCCAUAUCCACCAGCCACCAGACUGCUCACGUUCAGCACAAUAAAAAUGAUCUCCCGCCGACUAAGUUUAGUUUGCUUCCGUCCUCCUUAGAUUUAACUGAAGAACUUAGAAGUAUCGAGACUCCUCCCGAAAAGGUACCGCGUCAGAUAUUCCCUACAAACGACGACGACACAGCAACUAAGCCUUCCGUUUUCGCCAGUAUUAAGCACAAGUUCCUGAAGUCUGAUAACGGGUUGAAAUCCUCAGAUAGAAGCCUAACCAGUGACGGUUCCUUAAAGAUGUCAUCUGCUACUUGUGGAAGCCAAAGAUCAGAAGUUGUACACGGAGAUGUGCCAAUGGUUUGCAAACUCUUAACGAAGGAAACCCCCAUAGAUUUCAAUAGAACAGUCAUGCAAGGGGACAAUGUGAACCAGAUUUUUAUUGACACCACUGAUGAUGAUCUUGAACCAGAAACCCCAGGCACACGCCCUUUAGUUCCUCGACUUAAGCGAAUUCAAGAGGAUGCUUAUGGUCUUCAAGAAAAGGGUGACAGUUCUCCUUUGAAAAUGAACAAGAGGGCUAAAAUACUGCAGGAUUCUUUUGCUGUUUGUAAGAAUGUUGAAGUGGAAUUUGAAAUGACCAGUAAGUUUGAAUGGCUGCAUCCUUCUCGAAUCAGAGAUGCUAACAGCAGAAGACCAAGUGACCCAUUAUAUGACAACACGACGCUCUAUAUUCCACCUGAUGCUUUGAGAAAAAUGUCAGCUUCUCAAAAACAAUAUUGGGAUGUUAAGUGCCGAUAUAUGGACGUGGUGCUUUUCUUUAAAGUGGGAAAGUUUUAUGAGCUUUAUGAGCUUGAUGCUGAUAUUGGCCACAAGGAGCUUGAUUGGAAGAUAACCUUGAGUGGUGUAGGAAAAUGUAGACAGGUUGGCAUACCAGAAGGUGGGAUUGAUGAUGCUGUUCAGAAGUUGCUAGCUCGAGGGUAUAAAGUGGGGCGGAUAGAACAGCUAGAGACAUCAGAGCAAGCCAAAUCCAGGGGUUCUACUUCUAUUAUUCAAAGGAAACUUGUUAACGUACUUACACCUGCCACUACAAGUGAGGGUAACAUUGGGCAGGAUGCAGUUCAUCUUCUUUACAUAAAUGAGGGUUGUGUGGGUCUCGAAAGUAGUUCCACUGCAUAUGGCUUUGCUUUUGUUGAUUGUGCUGCAUUGAAAUUUUGGGUCGGUUCCAUCAGCAAUGAUACAUCCGCUCUUGGGGCUUUAUUAAUGCAGAUAUCUCCUAAAGAAGUAAUAUAUGACUCCCAAGGACUGUCAAAAGAAGCUCAUAAAGCUUUGAAGACAUACUCGUUAAUAGGCACUGCUGUUCCACAACUGACCCCAAUUCAGCCAGACUGCAAUUUUGUUGAUCCUUCAGAAAUAAAAAAUCUCAUUAAGUUGAAGGGAUACUUCAAAGGAUCUUCUAAUAGAUGGGAUCAUGUAUUUGAUGAAGUAAUGCAUCAAGAUCUUGCAUUACGUGCUUUUGGUGGUCUUGCCAGUCAUUUAGAGCGGUUAAUGCUAGGUGAUGUUUUAUGUAAUGGAGACAUCCUCACACAUGAAGUUUAUCGAGGUUUCCUUCAAAUGGAUGGACAAGCACUUGUCAAUCUUGAAAUCUUCAACAAUAGUGCUGAUGGUGGUCCAGCAGGAACUCUGUACAAGUAUCUUGACAAUUGCGUAACAUCAUUUGGCAAGAGGAUUUUAAGGAGAUGGGUAUGCCAUCCAUUAAAAGAUGUUGAUGCAAUUAACAUCAGACUUGAUGCGGUUGAGCAUCUUAUGACAUGUACGGAAACUAUGUCCAUUGUUGCUCAAUAUCUUCGUAAGCUUCCUGAUUUGGAAAGGCUGCUUGGACAUGUUAAAACAAGUAUUCAGUGUCCUGCAGAACUUCUGCUGCCUACAAUUGGAAAAAAGAAAUUGAAACAGCGGGUGAAAGUGUUUGGUUCACUUGUUAAAGGGAUGAGGAGUGGAAUGGAUUUGCUGAUGUUAUUGCAAAAGGAAGAGAAGCUGAUGUCUUCAUUAUCUAAAGUCUUUAGUCCGUUGCUUUUAAUUGGUAAUAAUGGCUUGUGUAAAUUUCUUACCCAAUUUGAAGCAGCCAUCAACAGUGACUUCCCCAACUACCAGAAUCAUGAUAUAGCUGAAACAGACGCUGAAACCCUAUCAAUUCUUAUGGAGUUAUUUGUUGAGAAGGCUAAAGAAUGGUCGCAAGUUAUUGAUGCCAUUGGAUGUGUUGAUGUGUUAAGGUCCUUUGCAAUUACUUCCACAUUAUCAACUGGAGCUAUGUGUAGGCCAAUAAUCUUGCCCAUCUCCGAGUCGAGAUAUGAAGGACCUGUGCUGGAAAUGAAAGGAUUGUGGCACCCCUAUGCCCUAGGUGAGAGUGGGGGAGUGCCAAUCCCUAAUGACCUCCAGCUUGGAGGUGAGUCAGCAGGUCACCGUAACCGCCAUACUUUACUGUUGACUGGACCGAAUAUGGGUGGAAAGUCCACCCUUUUACGUGCCACUUGUCUAGCUGUUAUAAUGGCUCAGAUGGGUUGCUAUGUGCCUUGUGAGGCACUUACUCUCUCACUUGUGGACAUCAUCUUCACUCGCCUUGGAGCCACUGACCGAAUUAUGACGGGUGAAAGCACGUUCUUGGUUGAGUGUUCGGAGACCGCAUCAGUUCUGCAAAAGGCCACCCACAACUCACUUGUUCUUCUUGACGAAUUAGGCCGAGGGACAAGCACAUUUGAUGGAUACGCUAUUGCAUAUGCUGUAUUUCGCCAUCUUGUGGAGACAGUUAACUGCCGCCUACUGUUUGCCACACACUAUCAUGCCUUAACAAAGGAGUUUGCCACUCAUCCUCGUGUGAUCUUGAAGCACAUGGCCUGUUCUUUUGGCCGAAACAGGGAGGAGCUCAUUUUUCAAUAUCGACUAGCCUGCGGGGCCUGCCCGGAGAGCUACGGAAUGCAAGUGGCACUCAUGGCUGGGAUCCCAAAAAAGGUGGUUGACUCGGCAUCCAAGGCUGCUACAGUGAUGGAGACGAAUAUCAGACAGAGUUUUAGACUGAGCGAGCAAAGGUCGAACUUCUCCACGUUGCAUGAGGAGUGGUUGAGAUCUCUCAUAAGCAUGUCCAGGUUAAGAGUGAGCGAGUUUGACGAUGAUGACACCUUUGAUACAUUGAUUUGCAUGUGGCACGAGCUGAGAAGCACAGGCGGAUUGGUUUCAACACCUGUGCGUUCACAAGGGAGUAGCUGCCGUGGCUACAGCUAAUAUUUACAUUAUGUAAAUUAAGACAAACACGAAAAACUGUUUGAGCUUGCUGCUAUCAGAUUGAUAGGUAUGUGAAACAUAUGCUCCCCUACAUAAUGGAGCUCUUGUGGCUAAAAAUCCGUUUGAUUUCUCAAGGGUUAUUACAGAUGACACAUACUCCUGAGUCCUGAGUUCGGUUUAUCUUUAUUUUCUGUGUAGUUUUUCUUCCCAAACAAAUUUUGUAAUAGUUCAAAAUUAAAAUAAAAAAGCGUACAUACGGACAUACGGUUUAUACCAUAUG